AUGGUGCAGACCCUCGUCUCCCAGCGAACCUCUCCGCAUGCGGCGCGACCCUCGCAGCAACAAGGGACCCCCGCUCGGACCCACGUGCCGCUCCCGCAACUUCCGGGCUCGCCUCGAAACCCAGCAACUCGGCCAGGGGACAGGGAAGCAGAGGACACGGCGAGCCGCCCCGAGCCCGAGGCCCCGACUGUCGAUUCGACGAACGCCCUACGAGCCCAACUGCGCCUCGUCAGUCAAAGGCUUGACGAGGCGAUCCCCCCGCACUUCCGCCUCCCCUCCCUGGACGCGUAUGACGGCGCAACCGACCCGGCGGACCACGUGGCCGCUUUUCGGGCCCAGAUGGCGCUAUUCGGUACUUCAGACGCCCUGAUGUGCAUGGAGUUCCCGAUGACCCUGCGAGGACCAGCCCGCGCGUGGUACAGCGACCUGAAGCCAGGGACCAUCGCCUCCUUCGACCAGCUCGCCAAAGAUUUCGAGCUUAACUUCCUGGCGUACGCCCGACCAAAGCCGUCUAUGGCGUUGCUUUUAGGGCUCAACCAAAAGGAGGACGAGCCCCUUUCUCACUUCGUGAACCGAUUUACGACACAAAUCCGUGGAUUGUCGGAUGCUCACCCCUCUCUUUUGAUGCAGGCCUUUAUGGCUGGCCUGCGGCCCUCCAGGUUCUUCUGGUCGCUCAUGGAAAAGCCCCCUAUCGCGGUCCCCGAGAUGCUCCAACGGGCCAGUCAGUUCAUCGCCGCGGAAACCUGGAUGGUCGGAAAGCGGGAGGGGCUCAGAAAGGUCAAGUCGGAGCCGCCCCGACAGCAACAACCUACUGCCUCCCGGCGAAAGUUGGACAGGCCUGACCCAAGGCCUCCUCUUCCCGCCUUGAAUUCUUCCCGGACUGAGAUAUUUCUACACGAAAGGGGGAAGGGGCUGCUCAGGGACCCUCACUCGAUGAAGAACCCGCGAGAACUCGCAGACCGCUCAAAGUAUUGCCGAUUCCAUCGACAACACGGGCACGACACUGAGCAAUGCUACGAGUUGAAAAGGAAAAUCGAGGAGCUCAUCCUCAGAGGUCAUCUCGGCUAG